GUUCAACUUUCAAACCCGAAAUUACCAUCCUUUUCCACACACCGUCCAUCGUUUCCUGCUGCGCCAUGAUUGAGAGACGCCUGCCACCCGACCUGCCCGCCUUGCUGCGUCAGCGAGAGGCCGAAAAAGCCGCGGCCGCCAAGCCCAGGUUUAUUCCCAAGAAGGAGCGCGAGCGCCGUGCAGCAGAGAAGGCCGCCAAAGAAGAGGAGGAACGUAAGCGGCGAGAGGAAGCCUUGGUAUCCUCAAGGAGGUCAUCAGCAAAUGGCACAGACGGCACAAACGGCGCGAACGGCACGAACGGAACAAAUGGGCACUCCAACGCAAGGUCAACACCCUACGGCAUACCAACGGGUCCCAAGGCCAUGCGCCACCCUGAUGGCGGCGACCACGGACACAGUGGAAAGCGCCGCCGGAAUGAUGAGGAAGAGAAGCGGGCCGAGAUGGAGCGGCGCGAUGCGGACGAGUUGCGCGCGAAGUAUAUGGGUCCCGAAGUCAACCAGUCCACCUUCUCAGCGAAGAAGAAGCGGAGGAGGACCGCGGCGAAUAAAUUCAAUUUUGACUGGGACCCCGAUGACGACACCAGCCGGCCGUUUGACCCAAUAUAUGCAGAGCGUCUAGACCCGGCCUUCAGACUCGCAGGAUACGACAAUACGGACGAGCUGGUACUGAGGAAGGCGGAGGCUAUCCGGCGCGGCGACCCCGAGACUGGAGAGGAGCGCGCGAGGAAGUUGCUGGAGCAACACGAGCGCGCCAAGCAAGCAACACAGCGCAAGACUUUGGGCAAGCACUGGUCGGAGAAGAAUCUGGAGGAGAUGAAGGAGCGCGACUGGCGCAUCUUCAAGGAGAACUUUGGCAUCGCCACCAAAGGCGGCGCGAUUCCGGAUCCGAUGCGCAGCUGGGAGGAGUCAAAGCUGCCGCGACGGUUGCUCGAGAUUGUUCACAAGGUUGGCUACGAAGAGCCAACGCCGAUCCAGAGGGCGGCCAUACCGAUUGCAUUACAGGCGCGAGACUUGAUCGGUGUCGCCGUCACCGGCUCCGGCAAAACGGCAGCCUUCCUGUUACCACUGCUGGUGUACAUCUCGGAACUGCCGCCUCUCACAGAAUAUAACAAGAACGAUGGCCCGUAUGCCCUCAUUCUCGCGCCGACCAGAGAACUGGUGCAGCAAAUCGAGACCGAAGCCAGGAAAUUCGCUGGGCCCCUGGGUUUUACGGUUGUCAGUAUCGUCGGCGGUCAUUCAUUGGAGGAGCAAGCGUUCGCGCUCAGGAAUGGUGCCGAGAUUAUUGUUGCAACGCCCGGUCGUCUAGUGGACUGCCUUGAGAGGCGCCUGCUCGUGUUCUCUCAGUGCUGCUAUAUCAUCAUGGACGAAGCAGACCGUAUGAUUGACCAGGGUUUUGAGGAGCCCCUUACCAAAAUUCUCGACGCACUUCCGGUAACCAACGAGAAGCCCGACACAGAAGAGGCCGAGAACCCACAGCUCAUGAGCCGCUAUCUGGGUGGCAAAGACCGGUACCGGCAGACAAUGAUGUACACAGCGACAAUGCCGCCGCUGGUCGAAAAGAUUGCCAAGAAGUACCUCCGGCGACCGGCCAUUGUGACCAUCGGCAACGCCGGCGAGGCUGUCGACACGGUGGAGCAGCGCGUAGAGUUCAUCUCUGGCGAGGACAAGAGGAAACGACGACUGCAAGAGAUUCUCAAUUCGGGCCAGUUCAAGCCGCCCAUCAUUGUCUUUGUCAACAUUAAACGCAACUGCGAGAUGGUGGCCAAGGACAUCAAAUCAUGGGGCUACUCGACCGUCACGCUGCACGGCAGCAAGACGCAGGAGCAGCGUGAGGCAUCGCUGCUGUCGGUACGCAACGGCCAGUCGAGCGUCCUUGUGGCCACAGAUCUGGCGGGGCGUGGUAUCGAUGUGCCGGAUGUUUCGUUGGUCGUCAACUUCAACAUGCCGUCGAGCAUCGAGGCGUAUACCCACCGUAUCGGUCGUACAGGUCGUGCGGGCAAGAGCGGUGUGGCGAUUACAUUCUUGGGCCCUGAGGACAACGACGUCCUGUAUGACUUGAGACAGAUCAUUUCGAAAUCUUCGAUAUCCAAGGUGCCGGAGGAGCUGAGGAGGCACGAGGCCGCACAGUCCAAGCCGACUAGGGGCGGAGGCGCGAAGAAGCUGGACGAUAGCGGAGGGUUUGCUGGGAAGGGCGGGUCGUGGCAGUGAGCGUCUGCAGAAGCCGAGCUAUCAUUACAGUGUAACAGUAUUCGAACAAACACCGCCUCUGCGCCUUGAAUUCGUGUGUGUGUGUGUGUGUGCCACUACCGUAUCAAUCACUCAGAGUGGUGAGGGAGCCCAUGGCGCAAACUGGCACCAUUCGUUCGAGUUACCUUGGUUGG